AGAGCGUCCGCGGCGCGCAGUGGGGAAGCCGCCUCGCCGCCUGUGGAGGAGCUGGCAGUGUUGGGGGGGGCGAGAAGCGAGGGGUGGCCCUGGAAUACGCCUUAAGACGGGUGCUAGCGAGCGGAAAGAGGGCGCAGGACGGUCUGAUCACGUCGUCCAACAUCCACGGGAGCUCCGAGAGCCACGCGAUAAUCUUGGAGCGCCUCUACGACUGUCCAUCUUGGAGCUUAUUUCGCAACCGUGACUCAGUGAUUGCCGCCUUUGUGGUGUAGCACGCUGCCUCCGUGUGGAUUACAGUGAUCACAGGGUUCUCAGCUCUGCAUCACGAGGUCACCAAGAACUCCAGCGGAAGAUAACAAACAGGAAUCGAUUUGUUCUGUUUGUUGAUUUUUUUAAAUUUUUUUUUUUUGGGGGGGGGGGACAUUGCAAAUGUUCCCGUGACUAAUGUUUUCAUCAGGACACAAGUUGCCUCCUUGGGUUAUUAUUUCGUUCCUAUCUGGCACUCUCAGUCUUUAAUUUAGACGUCGCUCAGAUUUCCUCAUCAUGUAUGGAAGUUCUCGGUCCGUCUCCAAGCUGGAUGCGGUGGGAUCCAACGGGUCAGGCAGUCCUGGCCGCUCCCCCCGUCUACCCCGCUCCCCACGUUUGGCUCACCGGCGAAAUGGCAGCAGCAGCAGCAGCUCCACCGGCGGACUCACCGGUUCCGGAAAAACCCUAUCCAUGGAGAAUAUCCAGUCGCUCAAUGCCGCCUACGCCACAGGAGGGCCGAUGUAUUUCACAGACGGGACCGAAGACCCGGUGGGACUCGGGAGCCUGGGGAGUGGGCUGAACCCCUCCCUGCCUAAAAGUACCAUGACGCUUGGCAGGGCCGGGGCGAGGGUACCCUAUGGAGUUCGGACCGCCUUUGUGGGGAGCAGCCCUAAUAUCAACGCUGGAGGAGCUGGUGGGGUCAUGUCCAGUGACUCCAUAGCCUUUGGCGGGGACGUGCCAACUCAACCCACGCAGGCGUCCACUGUGCCCCACUCCAUGAGACAGGUGCGGGAGGGGGCCAUGACAGACCUGCAGAGCCAACUGAGAGAAGUGCUGAGAGAAAAUGAACUUCUGCGUAGAGAUUUGGAUGCGAAGGAGUCCAAGUUGAGCUCAUCCAUGAACUCUAUCAAGACUUUCUGGAGUCCUGAGCUGAAGAAAGAGCGUGCGCUGAGGAAGGACGAAGCCACCAAGAUGACUGUGUGGAAGGAGCAAUACAGGGUGGUGCAGGAGGAAACGCAGCAUCUCCAAUGCACCAUCCAGGCCUUGCAAGACGAGCUCCGAAUCCAGCGCGAUCUCAACCAGCUGUUCCAGUCCGAUUACUCCGAUACGGGCCGUCUGGGAUGCCAGGCCAUCUCUCCGCAAGAAAUGACGGAGGAGAACUUCCUGCGUCUCCACGGCGAAUACGAGCGUCAGGUCAAGGAGCUUUUCCUCUUGAGGAAGACCGUAGAAGAGAUGGAGCUGAGGAUCGACACUCAGAAGCACACUUUAAACGCCAGGGACGAGUCCAUCAAGAAGCUUCUGGAAAUGUUGCAGAGCAAAGGCCUGUCGUCCCGCGCCACCGAGGAGGACCACGAGCGGACGAGGCGACUGGCUGACGCGGAGAUGACUAUUCACCAACUGGAGGGCUUCCUGGAACAGAAGGACAAGGAGAUGCUGCUACUUCGAGAGGAGCUGCACAGGAGGUAUGAAGCAGCUCCUGAAUCCACCAAGACCAAGGCCCUGCAGACUGUCAUCGAAAUGAAGGAUGCCAAAAUCAGCUCGCUGGAGCGUGCCAUGAGGGAGCUGGAGGAGGAGUUGAACAUGCUCAAGUCCAACGGAGCGCUCAGCAGCGAAGAGCGAGAAGAGGAGAUCAAGCAGAUGGAGGUGUACCGAUCCCACUCCAAGUUUAUGAAGAAUAAGGUUGAUCAGCUGAAGGAAGAGUUAGGUCACAGCCAAUCAGAGAAGGAGGAGCUAAAGGAGCGGGCCAAUGAGCUGCAGCGCGAGGCGUCCGCAAUGGAUCAGGUCAAACAGGACCUGAAUCGUAAGGACAGCGAACUGUUGGCUCUCCGUACCAAGCUGGACACUCUGAACAACCAGUUUUCUGACAGCAAGCAACACGUGGAUGUCCUCAAGGAGUCGCUCACUGCCAAGGAGCAGAGGGCUGCUAUAUUACAAACUGAGGUGGAUGCCCUGCGCAUUCGCCUGGAGGAGAAAGAGUCGCUUCUGUCCAAAAAGAGUCAGCAGAUAUCAGAGAUCUCGGACGAGAAGAGCACGCAGAACGGAGAAAUAAGUGACUUGAAGGACAUGCUGGAUGUCAAGGAGCGCAAGGUUGUCGUGCUGCAGAAGAAGAUCGAGAACCUCCAGGAUCAGCUGAAGGACAAGGAAAAGCAGCUGAGUGGCCUCAAAGGCCGAGUCAAGUCCUUACAGACGGACACGUCCAACACCGACACGGCUCUGGGAACGCUCGAGGAGGCUCUAUCCGAAAAGGAACGUAUCAUUGAGCGAUUGAAAGAGCAGCGGGAGAAAGACGAACGAGAAAAGGGAGACGAGGUGGAGUCCACCAAGAAGGAACUGAAGGAGCUACGGGAGAAAGUUUCCCAGAUGCAGGCUGACCUUGCGGACCGGGAGGCGUCAGUUUUGGACCUAAAAGAGAAAGCCUCCUCUCUGGCCUCUUCGGCUCUGAAGAAGGACAACCGGCUGAAGAGCAUGGAGAUCUCUUUGGAGCAAAAGAAGGAGGAAUGCAUCAAAUUGGAGAAUCAACUCAAAAAGGCUCAGAGCGCGGCGGCGGAGUCGGCGGCCAGCGCCGAACUCUCGCAACGUAUCUCCGACCUGGAGCAGGAAGUGAGCCGUCACAAAGAGGACGCCGGGAAGGCUCAAGCCGAGGUGGAGCGGCUCCUCGAGAUCCUCAGGGAGAUGGAGAACGAGAAGAACGACAAGGAGAAAAAGAUCCACGAGCUGGAGAGAAAGCCCUCCGCUUCCCAUCUGUGGCAUUCUCAGCAGCCGCCAAAACAGGCCCCGCCCCCAGCUGCCUCUCAGCAGCCAAUGGGGGGGCUGGUGUGGGACUACCUGGGCACUCUUGCCUCGAGGCAGAUGAAGGAUCAGUCCAAGAAGGUGGCCAACCUGAAGCACAAGGAGCAACUUGAGAAGAGCAAGAACGCCCAGUUGAUGGAGGAGGCCAAGAAACUGGAGGACGAUUUGAACGAGAGCUCCCAGCAGAUAAAGGACUCCAUACGCUCCAAGGAGGAGCGCAUCGAGGAGCUCGAGGAGGCCCUUAGGGAAAGCGUUCAGAUCACGACCGAGAGGGAGCUGGUGCUCGCUCAGGAGGAGCACGCCCGCACACACGCCGAGAAACAGGUGGAGGACCUGCUGGUUGCAAUGGAAAAGGUGAAACAAGAGCUGGAGGUGAUGAAAGCCAAGCUGUCAUCCACUCAGCUGUCACUGGCCGAGAAGGAAGGUCACCUGACUGCCCUGCGGGCCGAACGGCGAAAGCACCUGGAAGAGGUCCUGGAGAUGAAACAAGAGGCGCUGCUAGCUGCUAUUAGCGAGAAGGACGCCAACAUCGCCUUGCUGGAGCUCUCCUCAUCCAAGAAGAAGAAAACCCAAGAAGAAGUGGCCGCCCUAAAGAGGGAGAAGGACGGGUUGGUUCAUGAGCUCAAACAGCAGACUCAAAACAGGAUGAAGCUGAUGGCGGAUAACUACGAGGACGAGCAUCCGAAGGUGGCGUCUCCCAACUCGGAGCUGCCUAAUAACCACAAGCCCUCCCCGGAUCAGAUUCUCUCUCCUCUCCUGGAUCUGGACCAGAACCGCAGCAAGUUGAAGCUGUACAUCAGUCACCUGACCUCGCUGUGUCAGGAACGAGACCCCGUCAUAUUGCAAGACUUCGCCCCGCCGCCCGCCUAUCACCGCGCCGACUCCGCCGACUCCUGGCGCGCUAAACUGCACGGCAUGACGCAAGAACAGUUGGAGGCGGAGUUGAUGCUGUGCGAGCGGGAGGGGGCGGAGCUGCAGGAGUACGCCAACCAAGUGCUGCAACAGAUCGCCGACCGCUGCCCCGACAUUUUGGAGCAGGUCGUCAACGCCCUGGAGGACAGCAGCUGACACCGUUGUUAAUGAGUCGACCGAAACUUUCCGUCAUCGUCGUCGUUAAAUUACUUCACGUGUUUUUUUUUCAUCGGUGUAUAAGUGAGUGAGUGCACACUGUUCCUCGAGUCCGCCAUUUUGCUGCUAUCUUUUUCGCCGUUUUCUUCUUCUACGUUUUCCGUCAGCCUUUCGUUGUGCCAGGAACACACGCAAUAAUCCCUUUACUAUCAAUUUACGCGGACGAUAACACGAGGAGGAAUCGGUUUUGUUUUUCUUUCUGGGCGGGGAGGGAGAGAAUAUAAAUAUUUUGCUUUUGCUAAUAUAUAUCUAUAUAUAAAUGUUAAACACUAAUGUUUUAAUUCCAGUUGUAUGUCCUAUGUUGUCACCAGCAGGAAAUUUUGCAGGUUUGAAUUGUUUACUAAAAUAGAAUUCUCGGGAUUGUGGAUGGAAAAGACGAAUUAAAAUGAAAUAAAAUGCGGAUCUAUCUUUUUUUUU